GGGACGGCCCCCAUCUUUUUUAAGCGCGUUAGGGCCUCCGGAGGCGUUGGAAGUGCAGGCUGUUGCUGCUGGUGGUCCUGCGGCGCGGCUCUGCGACAUCAGGUCCCUAAAGGUUGCCACAAUGGCUGAAAAUGGUGAUAAUGAAAAAAUGGCUGCCCUGGAGGCCAAAAUCUGUCAUCAAAUUGAGUAUUAUUUUGGCGACUUUAAUUUGCCACGGGACAAGUUUUUAAAGGAACAGAUAAAACUGGAUGAAGGCUGGGUACCUUUGGAGAUAAUGAUAAAAUUCAAUAGGUUAAACCGUCUAACAACAGACUUUAAUGUAAUAGUUGAAGCAUUGAGCAAAUCUAAGGCAGAACUCAUGGAAAUAAGUGAAGAUAAAACUAAAAUCAGAAGAUCUCCAAGUAAACCUCUCCCUGAAGUGACUGACGAGUAUAAAAAUGAUGUAAAAAACAGAUCCGUUUAUAUUAAAGGCUUCCCAACGGAUGCAACCCUUGAUGACAUAAAAGAAUGGUUGGAAGGUAAAGGUCAAGUACUAAAUAUUCAGAUGAGAAGAACAUUGCACAAAGCAUUUAAGGGAUCAAUAUUUGCUGUGUUUGAUAGCAUUGAAUCUGCUAAGAAGUUUGUAGAGACUCCUGACCAGAAAUACAAAGACACAGACCUGCUAAUACUUUUCAAGGAAGAUUACUUUGCAAAAAAGAAUGAAGAAAGAAAGCAACAUAAAGUGGAAGCUAAAUUAAGAGCUAAACAAGAGCAAGAAGAAAAACAGAAGUUGGCAGAAGAUGCUGAAAUGAAAUCUCUAGAAGAAAAGAUUGGAUGCUUGCUGAAAUUUUCGGGUGACUUAGAUGAUCAGACCUGUAGAGAAGAUUUGCACAUCCUUUUUUCAAGUCAUGGUGAAAUAAAAUGGAUAGACUUUGUCAGAGGAGCAAAAGAGGGAAUAAUCCUAUUUAAAGAAAAAGCUAAAGAAGCACUGGAUAAAGCCCAAGAUGCAAAUAAUGGUAACCUACAAUUAAGAAACAAAGAUGUGACUUGGGAAGUAUUAGAAGGAGAGAUGGAGAAAGAUGCAUUGAAAAAAAUCAUAGAAGAUCAACAAGAAUCCCUAAACAAAUGGAAAUCAAAAGGUCGUCGAUUUAAAGGAAAAGGAAAGGGAAAUAAAGCUGCUCAGGCUGGGUCUGCUAAAGGAAAAGUACAGUUUCAGGGCAAGAAAACUAAGUUUGAUAGUGAUGAUGAACGUAAUGAAAAUGGUGCUGCUGGAACAGUGAAAAGAGCAAGAGAAGAAGCAGACAAGGAAGAACCUGCAUCAAAACAACAGAAAACAGAAAAUGGUGCUGGAGACCAGUAGCUUAGGAAACAAAAUUUUUAUUCAUUUUAAUUAGAUUUUAAGCUGCUUUUGUCUUUGGAGUUUUUAAAAAGAAAACCGAAUUAGGUCCACUUCAAUAUCCACCUGUAAGAAAGGAAAGAUUUUUUUUUUUUUUUUUGGUCUUUUUGUUUUGUUUUGUUAUCCACUUGAGUUUUUUUUAAUGUAUAUUUCUGUUUGUGUUAUUUCAGAUGGUUCAAAUAUCAAAGGGAAGUUUCUUCCACUAAAUUGCCUUUGUAAUAUGAGACUGUGUUAGUACAAACUUAAUAAACUAUAUAAACAGAGCAAAAACUUAGUUUAUUUUUUCUUUUUUGUGCCCAAAGCAUUUGAGAAAGGACUUGUUAACUUAAACCAUAGUAUUGGCUGAUUAGAUCAUUGGCCCAUUGUACAGCUACCUAUCAUAUUUCCUAACUUCUUGUAUCGACUAGGCUUUCUGUCUUAUAUCUACCUGGACAACUUGAUGUAAUAAUGACUUAUUACAAAGCUUUUCAUACUGAAAUGUCAUUAGGCCAGAAUCAAGAGACUUACUGAUUUCUUUUUAUGAAAUUUGUAUGAUGCUGGAAGGUCAUAUCGCAGCUCUGUAAAACAAAAGCCAUCUAAUGAUAAAAAUUGCAUUUCCAAACAUUUACCACUCUGAUUAACUGCUGGUAAGCCUAACAUUUUAGAGCUAUAACACUUUCACUUUUCUAAGAACUGGCUUGAGAUAUCCCUCAAAUGAUAAUUAACCAUGGCAAACUGAGGUUGGCAGUUCUGCUAAUUUGGCCAUUUAUACUGAAACUUAGUUACAGGGGAGUUUAAAAGAAUAACAAAUGGACAAAAAAAAUACCUUUUCAGUUUUAAUUUCCUGAUAAUCUAUAGUUACCUUAAUUGUAAAAACCAUGAUUUCAAAAUCUUAUUUUUUUAAAGAAUAAUGUAAUUAAAACCCAUUUUAGAGGAGUGGAAAUGAGUUACGUUAUCCUUUGUUUUCUGCAUCAUGAAUUCUGACCCUCUAGAUCAGAGCUCAAAUUUUAAUGUACAAUCAGGUCACCUGGGGAUUCUUAUUCAGUAGGUCUCAGUAGGGUCUGAAAUUCUGCAUUUCUAACAAGCUCCCAAGAGAUGUCAGUGCUGAUGGUCUGAGGACCACUCUUGUAAUAAGAAGGCUCUGAACUGGUAUACUGUUAGAACUUCUAAGUGUUCCAUAUCACAUUCUGGAUUGUAAUACCUUAAAUUAGGUAAGGUAUUCUUUUUACACAUUACAUUACUAUGUAAAUUAUGACCAGUGAUAUUGCUAGUUGUAUGUUUAACACCACAGUGCCAAUUAAUGGCCAGUUUAUCAUCACAUAAAAACCAAUUUUCUCUAUUGCAUUCUAUUUCAGACCUUUCAAAAUUAUUUGAUUAUAGUUAGCUUCUAGUAACAUGCUGUUCCCAUUUUGAUGUUUGUGAAUAUUACCCAAUUUACUAAUAAAAAUUAUCAAACAUGA